AUCACAACUAUAACUUAGAUAUUUUUCUUCUGUAAUCUUCCCAUUAAUUUUUUCUCUAUCUCAGCAGACAUGAAUUGCCUUCAGAAUCUCUCCAGUUUCAGAUCAUACGCCGUGCAGUUUCAUAGUUUCAAGUGCAAUCCAAGAAAACCAUUUCCUUGUUCCGUUAACACGAUGGGCGGGGUCAUCUUGGGUGAUGCGCCUCGGAGUAUGGUAGUUAAGGCAACUUCUGGUUCCACAUCAAGUGCAAAGAAGAAUGACUCUGAACCAGAGGAGAAAAAAUCUGAGAUAUAUAGUCAUAAUAUGACAGAAGCUAUGGGUGCCGUUUUGACUUAUAGGCAUGAAUUGGGAAUGAACUAUAACUUUAUCCGCCCAGACCUAAUUGUGGGUUCAUGUCUGCAGAUUCCUGAAGACGUUGACAAGUUACGUAAACUUGGAGUGAAAACAAUAUUUUGCUUGCAGCAAGACCCAGAUUUGGAAUAUUUUGGGGUUGACAUUGGUGCCAUUCAAGAUUAUGCCAAGGAAUGUGGGAAUAUUGAACACAUACGUGCUCGGAUAAGGGACUUUGAUGCAUUUGAUUUACGGAUGAGGCUUCCUGCUGUGGUUAGUACUUUGUAUAAAGCUAUAAAUAGGAAUGGAGGUGUAACUUAUAUACAUUGUACGGCUGGACUUGGAAGAGCUCCUGCUGUUGCGAUGGCAUAUAUGUUCUGGGUUCAAGGCUAUAAACUUAGUGAUGCUCACACAGAACUGCUGAGCAAACGCUUUUGCUUCCCUAAAUUGGAGGCCAUCAAGAAUGCAACUGCUGAUAUUCUCACUGAUCUCAAGAAGGAGGUUGUUACUUUGACAUGGGAAGACAACAAGUGCUCUGCAGUGGAAGUUUCUGGACUUGAUAUUGGGUGGGGCCAGAGAAUGCCUUUGAAGUUUAACGAACAGCUUGGUUCAUGGACUCUUAAGAGAGAACUGCCCGAAGGACGCUACGAGUACAAGUAUAUAGUUGAUGGUGAAUGGACCUACAAUGAAUAUGAGCUGGUAACAACCCCCAACAAAGAUGGCCAUGUCAACAAUUUUCUUCAUGUUGUCGACGGUGAUCCAAGCAGUGGUUGUGGAGAAGUUCGGAAGAGGUUGACUAGUGAUGAUCCUGAUCUUACCAAAGAAGAAAGGAUGAAAAUUAAACAGUUUCUGGAAUCCUACCCGGAUGAAGAGUAGACUGAAUUAAAAUACAGAGCAAUAUUAUAGGUGUAAAUUUUGUUUGAAAUAAGCUUGUAUUAUAGCAAUAUGAAACAACUGCUCUCUGGUAGAAUUACUACAAUAAAUAAAAGUGCUUGCUUCAAGCUACAUUACCC